AUGAAAUCCUUUCAAUGUACAGAUCAUAAAAAAGAUAUUGUAUAUUAUUGUAAUGACCAACAUUGUGAAAUGAGAUGUUUGUGUGCAGAAUGUGAACAUGAACAUGAUAAAACUGCUGUACAAAAUUUAUUAGAGGGUUACAAUAUAAAAGAACUGGUCUAAACCUUCUAAAGUUUUAAAUGCAUUAUAAAUGAUUUAAUGACAAAAAUGGAAUAAGAAUUGAGCUAACAUCUUUAAUAAAUAAAAUAACCUUAAGCAACUGCUUAGAAUUUAGAAUAAUUUGAUAAAUAACUGAGUGAAAUCUCAAAUAUUUAAAAUACAUUAAAAAACAAAAUAAAAAAUAGAUUGUAGCACAUAAUCAAUGCAUUAAAAGGAUAAGAUUUAGAUUAAAGUCCUAAUGUUACAAUAUUCGAUGCUAGAAAAAAAGAGCAUUCUAAAUCAGUUAUUUUAAGUUAGGCCCAAAUCUAAUAAGAUAUGAUUAAGAAAACUAGAUAAUCAAAAAUAUUCAAAAUGAAUAUUCCUCAAUCAAAUUAACAAGAAACAUAAUAGAUUAUUUAAUAACCUAAUUUAAAUGUAGAUAGGAUUGAAGUAGCAAGAUUGUAAUAAUUGAGUACAUAAGAUUGGGCUUGGAAAAUGACUUCAUCAACAGUAUUUUGUUGUAUAUUUUCAUCUUUAAGGGACUUGAAAAUAAUAGGAUUUUUGUAACCAUGCUUAUUUAAAAGUAAUACCAAUAAUUACCAAAAAAAAUCAGCAGUUAUCAAUGUUGGUAUUUAUAAUAAAAAAAAUUUAACUAAAUAACCAAUUCAUUUAGAAAAAUAUACAUUGAGACAUAGUAAAUUGAAGAUAGUAAAUGAUUGUUAUGAAUUAAUGUUCAGUAAACCAAUUGCUAUAAAGGAAUUUACAGAAUAUUCUAUUGCAAUUUGGCCAAGCAAAGUCUUGUAUAGUCAUUAUUUUAGUAUUGCUGCUUCAAUAAAUCCAUUUAUAGCAUUUCAAACUUAAGAUUUUAAUGACAAUCCUAAAAUAAAAAGAUCUGAAGAAUUUCCAUAAGUGAUAUCAACUUUUCGUGCAGGUUUAGUACCUUAUUUAAUAAUUGAUCCAAGAUAAUAAUGA